CAAUACUGCAUUUGUUUAUCAUGUUAGGUACCUGUCUUAUGGUCCAGGCCCUACGCCAAGCGUUGACAUUUUGGAGUUGCCGGCGCAAUGAGAUAGAGUAUCUUAUUACCUCAGCUAUACACGCAAGGUAUCUCCCGUGGUCCGUAGGGCGCAAACAUCGUUGAGAUUCAUGCGUCUGUUUGAGUGUCGUUCAUCUUGAAUAAUAGGAGCGUGGUGGGUUGAUCGACUCUUCGCCUACAUUACGUGGUAUUUUCCGUACUUCAUACAGCAAGCAGGAGCAAUAUUAACACGCCGGCAACCGCCACCCCAACAUACACCUUCAAAGCGCUUGAGUCGGCCGUGACCGCCCAAAGUGACGCUCACACAACCAAGUCAAGGCAUCAUUAUACUAGCAGAUUGAUCCUCUAUCGUCUGUUUCUCUUACACGCUCUAUCAAGCUGCUGGCCGAGCUCUCGCUGGGGCUUCGAGGAGAUACACCGGCGAAAUAUUUCAUCAAACAAAACUGAAAUAGUCCUACGGCACACCCUACAGGAGACUGAGUGGUUAAAGAUUGUUUGCCGGUGAGCACGAUGGGGGAUCAGGAUCGCUUCACCAAAGACUACGCGGCAUCGCUGGACGCCACCGACCCGUUAUCACAUUUCCGGUCCGAGUUCUAUAUCCCGACCCUUGCGGACCUCAAGCGAUCGACCCUGGCCCAGCCGCCCGAUGAGGAGCCCUCUACGCCGUCCACAUACCUAUGUGGCAAUUCACUCGGGCUCCAACCAAAGAGAACAGCGAACCUGAUCAAUGCGUUCCUAACCCAAUGGCGCACCAAAGGCGUGACGGGCCAUUUCGUCGAGCACACUGAUUCCCCUUUGCCGCCGUUCCUGCACAUUGAUGACUAUGCGGCGAAGCUUAUGGCCCCUGUUGUCGGUGCACGCCAAGAAGAGGUCGCCGUGAUGGGCUCCUUGACGGGAAACUUGCAUCUCCUCAUGUCGAGCUUCUAUCGUCCCAGUGCAAAGGGACAAGGCCGGUGGAAGAUCCUGCUUGAAGGCAAGGCUUUCCCGAGUGAUCAUUACGCCGUCGAGUCGCAGAUUGUGCAUCACGGGCUCGACCCAGCGGAGGCCAUGGUGCUGUUGGAACCGACAGACCCGCGGUUUCCCCUGCUGCCUACCACCCAGAUCCUGCGGACCAUUGAUGAACAUGCAUCCGAACUGGCCCUGAUCCUCCUCCCCGGCGUCCAGUUCUACACCGGCCAGUAUUUCGACAUUCAGACAAUAACCGCCCAUGCCCAUUCUCACGGUAUCUUGAUCGGUUGGGACUGUGCCCAUGCCGUCGGCAACGUAGACUUGAGGCUGCAUGACUGGGACGUCGACUUUGCCGCUUGGUGUAGCUACAAGUAUCUUAAUGCCGGCCCCGGCGCAAUGGCUGGCAUCUUCGUCAACGAAAGAUUUGGCAAAGUCGACAUGGCCAAUUCCAAUCCCACGCAAAAAUUCUGGCCACGUUUGACUGGAUGGUGGGGGGACGACAAAUCGAGCAGGUUUCAAAUGACAAACAAAUUCGUGCCUAGGCCUGGAGCGGCCGGAUAUCAGCUUUCCAACCCGAGUGCGCUUGACCAGGCCGCAGUGGUUGCUUCGUUGCAGAUCUUUAAUGAAACGUCCAUGGCACAACUACGCGACAAGUCACGGAGGCUAACCACCUAUCUGGAGCAAAUCUUGCACACAAUGACCGAGCGACGCCCGGGGCUGUUCGACAUUAUCACGUCACGCGAACCCGAGGAGAGAGGGGCACAACUGAGCAUUCGACUGUCGCCAGGCCUGCUCGACUCAGUGCUGGAACACCUGGAACAGGAAGGUGUUGUGGUGGAUGAGCGAAAGCCCGAUGUUAUCCGAGUGGCACCCGUUCCAUUGUACAAUUCGUUCACGGACGUGUUUCGGUUUAGCCAGGUCUUGGAGGCUGCCUUGGACAAGGCGUCCAGCCAGACCACAGCCCGCUGACGUUAGGUCAUGGCAUUUCAAUCGUCGUCACUGUCGCUCAGCUCCGCCUCGCGCCAUAGCACAAAGUCAAAGCGACCGUCGAGAUUUAAGCGGAUGUAUUCACGGAUCAAUUCUUGUUCUGCCUCGCUCAGGUCGUACUCGGGAUCAGCAGCCAUCAGAGACAGGUUGAAUCCUCUCUGCGUCUCUGGGUCAAGGCUCGUCAAGAAAUCCAUGAUCGAGUCUGACGUGAAUUUGGUCAUUGCGUAGAGCGUCAGGUUUUUCAGGUGUUUGAGGUUCGCCAACACUGGCAGGAUGUCCGUCGAGACCUCACCACCACUGGUCCAGAAGUCUUCCAGAAGUGGAAGGCUCAAUGCAAGGGAGACAAUGUGAUCCUCGGAGAACUCGUCAGAAACAUCCUUAAGGACAAGCUCUUUCAGAUUCGUCAGGUUGCACAACGCUUCCACCAUGAUCUGAAGGUCGUCCGGGGUGGUAUCCUCACCGUUUCCUUUGAGCCAGACUGAUUCCAGCGACUUUUGCUCCGCCAAGGCGCUGUGGAACAACUGGGCAUUGGUAUGUUGCACCGUAUAUCCCUCGAGAGAGAGUCUUGUCAAUUUGACUUGGGGGGAAUACAGAACCCGUGACAGGAUGGCAGGGCCGUCAAGGAAUUUCUUUAAGCUGAGAUCCCGAAGUUUCGUGCACGAACUCAGCCAGUUCACCACUUCGAGGAAUACGUCGUUGUUGAGCGUUUCUAGCUGGACAGUCCCAUAGUUGUCGUCCAGUUUGAGCGUGUGGAUCUCGGUACAAUCCUUGAGGGCAUCCAAAUUCGCCAUCGCUUCUAGAUUGAGAUUGCCCAGAUGUAAUUGUCGCAACGUCUUGUGACGGCCCAGGGCCAGGAAUGUACGUCUUCCGAGGCUGUUGAAGCUGAUCAUUUCAAAGUACGCCAGCGUAUUUGGCCUCAACUCGUGCAGAAACGUAGCGAAAGCGUCGUCAGCGUCCAACGACGACCACUCAUGGAUAGUCAGGUUUUGGAAUUUCUCGCAGCAUUGCGCAAUCGCGGCCCCGGCACCGUUCACGAGUGCAUCUCCCUUCCACAACACCAUUGUUUCCAACUUUGGAGAACGGGAGAUCCACCUAGGCAAGAAUCCCGGGCUGAUGUGGCCGUCGAUUUCUUCCAGAAAGGUCGUUUUGGCCGUCACCGCUUCGCCAAUGGCAUUGACGGUGGCCACCACAUCGACGCCGAGUCUGUUGUAUUCCCGCUUUGGGAAAUGGAAGGCCUGCAGGUCGUCGGCGAAGAAUGCCUUGCGCACAUUGCCCGUGAACUUUGGGUCCUCCAACAUGAACGAAAGGUUGCGAAAGUCUAGAGUCUUGAUGUAGCGACAGUACGGCUUGUAGGUUGACGGGUUAUCGAGACUGGAUUGGACGAUCGAUCGCCAUAACAACGUCCACUUGCGGUAGAACUGGGCCUGCUCUGCGGCUUUAACGUUGUAGUUCACCGGGCGCUGGCCGCGGACCUCCAAAUCGUCCCUUUGUUCAAAGACUGGAGAAUUCUGAUGAAGUCUGCAGUUGGGGUUGGAUAAUGUCAGCAAUAUGCAGUAUUCGACUCGACCCAA